AUGGCGAACCAGCGCAGCCGGAGCGUCGGGCAUGUCGACCGCGUCAUGCGAGCCCGCCAACUCCGCCGUUUCCACCACCACCUCCAGACGGUCCAACCCGCGAGACCCAAGCUGCUGGGCCGCUUCACCGACGAAGUGCUCCGCGACAUUGGCCUGCUCCUCGACGGCGGUGAGUGGCGGGACGUGCCCGAGGGCUCAGAAGAGAGCCCCUCUGAGCGGAACUGGGACAAGUUGGCUUCGUUGACGUCCCAGCUGACGAACAAGAUGCAGCUGGGGAGCAGCCUGAGACGAAGACGACUGCUGGUGACUGAGCAUCACCAGCAACAGGAAGAGUACGAGGGAACGGUUCAGCCCAGCAUCAAGGACAACUUGUCAAGCCUUCGGUCGCGCCGCAGCCGCGUGAUUUUGUCAAGGCUGCGGCAGACCACACGAGCACCCCACGAGACGACGACGACGAUGAUAUCAACGACGAGGACGAUGCUCCAACACGUCUUUGCGGCCGGGUCCGAGGCAGACUCGUCCAGAAGCGCCUACUUCACCAUGGCGCAGGCGCAGAGUGGCAACGCGACAAAGGCGCAAGUCGACGAGGCGCACAGCGAAUGGGCGGCAGCGGCAGCCAUCCACAGGUCUGCCACACCCAAGACUGCGGACUCGCCACACAUACUCGACCAAGAUGAGAUCGACCAGGAUGAGGCACCGCAAAAGACCCUGUGCUUUACUGUCCGAUUCGGUCGGCCCUGGUCGGAUGCUCCAUCCUCGCAUCCGUCUACUCAGUCCUUCGGCCGGCAAGGCAUCAGCAUCACCUUUCAAGACACAUAUAUGCUAGAGGACAUCUCACACUUGAGCAUCACUUUGAGAGACAGCCACCACCUGCACUUCGAGCAUGAUCUGUUUGAUCCCACCGCAAGUCAGGAUCACGAUGUCUUCGUCGUAGAAUCGGCCAUUGACCUUGUUAGACCCCUGGACAGCCCUCCACGUGUCCUCCGGUCCUGGCACUAA